AUGAACUUUAGUCCUUUGACUUUGACUCAUAGGUCAGUGUACGAUCUGGUUAAAGCCAGUCAAUGGCUGAAACUGACGGACUACAGGUUGCUUAGCUGGUACCUCACCUUAUCAACUGAAGACAGGAGACUGAUUGAAGAGGAAGGAGGGUUUGUUUGGUUUCUUCAAAGACAUCCUGCUCUAGAAGUAGACCAGGAGAUUGUUCAUUUAAAGUCCGGACCAGGCCCAUGGUUUACCACUGAAGCAGAAAGGAGAUGUCUUCUCUGCAGGUCAGUGUUUCAUCUGAUUAAGGCCAAUCAGUGGUUGGAACUGACAGACCGCAGGUUGCUUGGCUGGUACCUCACCCUGUCACCUGAAGACAGGAAACUAAUUCAAGAAGAAGGAGGUUUUUUUCAGUUUCUUCGAAGACAUCCUGAUCUAGAAGUAGACCGGGAGAUUGUUCAUUUGAAAAAUCAGGAGCAGAAAAACUACCCACUAGUUGGAACAACUGAUAUGUCAUCAAAUCUUAACAGGUCUAGAAGGCCCUCGUUUUAUGGUGUGUCUCAGUGUCCUCACUGCGGGAGCAGCUGUGCAUCUGAUGCUAAAAAAUGCAGACGUUGUAACACAGUUGUCAAGUUCGAGAAGGAAUCUGAGCUUCGUCCAUGCAACGUUAACGAGGAGCUGACUUUAUGGAACGCUGACAGUAACGAGAGCUCAGCAGGAGGCCUUAAACAUCAAAGUUACAUCCAAAACACUCUGAGUAACUCCAUUUCACCCCAGACCACUCCUCAAGAUCACUUUCAGUCAGCCACUGAAGGCAGACAAAUCACCUUGGAUCCCUCAGUCCAGAAGGACGCACGGAGCGUCAACGCCCAGCUUUUGCCUAAGAUGUGGGAGGAAGAAUUAAGGGGAGAUGGUGCCUGCAAUUCAGUCUUUAAAGACCAGACAGCUCAGGCCAGUUUUUCCCUUGACGUGGAUCUGGAUACGCAGAGUAAGAGCCUCAGGAGUGAGGCUUUCCCCCAUACCCAACACCAGCAACACGGUCAGUUGGAUGAUUCAGAUCUCCCUGAUCUGCAGCAGGAGACACUUCCAGAAUACUACAGUUUCAAUAGCACUGGGCUGGACCGCACAUACGCUGAGUCGAAUGAUGGAAGCCUGUCAGCGGAUUAUGGGUGCAGUGACUCCCUAAUAGCGUCAAAGGGAAGCCCUGAAUUUUCAGUCAUUGAUGAGCCUCCAGAGGGCAGCAAGGCCUCAUUCUGUGUUGAGAAUCCUGAUUUUACUGGGUCUGUCUCCCUCCUUUCUAUGUCCCCUGAGAGGACGGACAACACAGAAGACUUCAGCGUCGGCCAGGACGAUUUCAAUGACUCGAUGUCUGAGCUGAAGAUGGAAGAAUAUCACAGUGUCAUGGCUGAUGGAUCUCCAGUCUCUACAGAGGGGACUCAUCGUUUACCUGAGGCUGUCAAACCAUACAUUGCCAUUGAUCAGUGCAGUUUAUCUAAAAAGCAAAAAAAGGUUGAAUGUGAGGAGUCCCUUUUCACUGUCGGCCCAAAUGACCCAGCGCCACAUGGAGUUUCUAAUGUUACCUUUACUGUGACUCAAAUGGUGGACGCUAGCGGAGAUUUCAGAGCCUGUUUCACGUGUACGCGGGCAACGGACACCAGGCACGCUUCUGACACGCUCCCUGCAGUAGCAUGCGGAGAUGAGGCCGUUGACCGUCACGUUCAGACCAUUGCCAUCUCUACAGCUGAGAAAUACGCUGCUACUGAGAUCUGCAUCUCUGAUCUAGAGCUGCUCACUGAGGAGUUCAUGAGACUGAAAGUGGCAGAGAAGGAGCUGAUGCAGCUGAAGCAGAGAGCGGCAUGUCUCAGCUCUGCGAGGGGAACAGGCAGUGAGGGCCACAGGGAGGACUGUGAAUGUGACUGUGCCCAAAGAGCAAAGAGGGUGGAGCUGCAGCUGCUGGCUCUGCAGUUUAGGAUGUGCCAGCAGCAUUGCUGGAGAUGCUAUUACACCUCUUCAAGCGGAGAAAGCGCUCUGUUUAGGUCUGAGCCACCCCCUGAUACUGUCAUGGAGACGCUGAGGACACUGGAGGUCGACUACCAAAAAAUAAGAGAGCAAAUCCUGGCAGGGGUUCCCCUUACUAAACUCCAGCCCCUGUGUGUAGACUUUGAGAAGAUCACCACAGAAACGUGCUAUUGCCCUGCAACCAUGUGUGUAGACUGUGCAGAGGAUGUUCCAUCGAAGACAUCUGUUGAUUUGCAGACUCACAAAGAUGAAGGGCACUCUAAUAAAGGCAGAGGAACAGAUGCAGAGGAGAGAAAAGAAAGUCAUGCCAGCAAGGACAGUGUAAUUACAAAAGUCUUGUCUUUUUGCCUGGGUAUGAAUUGGCUACGGAGAGGAGAUGGAUGGAGAGAAUGCUUAUUAUUUAUUGUGUACAUUUCAGUUGCACACACAGAGAUCAACGGCAAUGAGGCGUGGUAUGACGCGGAGGAGGACCUCGACUCUGCCAGUCAGAGCUGGAAGGAGAAUCAGGAAGAAGGAAAGAGAGGAGGAGCUGACGGGGAGAAGAGCAGUCGAAGCUCUGUCCUGCUUGUGACGGAUGUGCCAAGCCACGCGACUGAGGGGGACAUGAAACUUCAGCCCAAAAAGAAUCCAAAAAGUGGGGUGUGCAUCUCUACUUUGAGUGACCAUGCCAGGGCUAAACUAGGAGACCAGAGGUCCAGUAAGGAGUCAUGUGCUACAUUCAUCUCUACUGGCUCCAGAGCUGGGCCUGCAGGAGAUGGCCAGUAUGCCAGCAGAUCAGAGAGUAAUGUCAUCCAAAGCUCAUCAUUUAGACCAUUACGCAGCAGUCUGGAAAAGCUGACCCAUGUGCAGAACACGCCCACGGCCUCUGGAACCUGCAUAGCCCAGCACUAUGCCACCAUGAGCAGCUUUGACACGCUGAUGGCCCAGCUGACGGAACGCCACCCUGAGGUGGGGCGCCAGGGGAUUGUGAAUGCCCUGCUGGAGCUCCGAGCCAAGCACGGGGGCUCUCUCUGUGGCAUGCCACUCCGUUCCAUCGUCGACAUGAUCUCCGAUCUCCUUACGCAAUCUUCCACAACACAGUGUCAGGGCAAAAGCCCUGAGUAAAUUUCUGUAAAAACAACUGUUGCUUUUAAAAGCAGCGCAUUUCUUAAAUGCUUUUGGUCUCAUAAUUUGUGGCAUAAAUGUUUGUGCUGACUGUCGUCAGAAGUUUAAGUUCUAUUUUAUAUUGUUUUUGUUGUGGUUGUUGUCAGUGUUGUUUACCGGUCCAUUUGGAGUGACUUCCUCUCUUGUGAGAGCAAGAAGUUGGCCAGUCUCCUCUCCACAUUUCCCUGGAAUAUAAUGAAUAUGUUGCAGGAAUUUUCUGAUGCUUUGAGAUCAGUGUGGAGUAAUGGAUUAGUGAACAUUUUGAGCACUGCUCUUGGUUAUUCAGAAAACUUCUUAAGUCCUGUGUUCAACACCCCAAGGCUGUGUUUUAAUAUAUAUAAAAAAAAGUUGCAAAUGUUUUACUCAGAUGUGAUUACACAGUUAUAAUAACCAUUUUUGUGAGCCAUUUUCUGUAU